UCCGUGGGCCGUCUACCCAGCCUGUCUCUCCCUCCCUUCCUCCCUGGCUCGCUCUGUCCAGCCGCCCAGUUGGAUCGCCUGCAAUGACAUCUAGAGAGCCCCUGCACGUGAAGACCCCCAUCCGUGACAGCAUGGCUCUAUCCAAAGUGGCCGGCACCAGUGUUUAUCUCAAGAUGGACAGUGCCCAGCCUUCUGGCUCCUUCAAGAUCCGGGGCAUCGGGCACCUCUGCAAGACGUGGGCUGAGCAAGGCUGUGAACAUUUUGUCUGCUCCUCAGCGGGCAACGCAGGCAUGGCAGCCGCAUACGCCGCCAGGAAACUGGGCAUCCCCGCCACUAUCAUCGUGCCCAGCACCACACCUACCCUAACCAUCGAGCGGCUCAAGAAUGAAGGCGCUAUGGUCAAGGUGGUGGGUGAGAUGUUGGAUGAGGCCUUCGAGCUGGCCAAGGCCCUGGCGAAGAACAACCCAGGCUGGGUCUACAUCUCCCCCUUUGAUGACCCCCUCAUCUGGGAAGGCCACACUUCCAUUGUGAAAGAACUGAAGGAGACACUGAGCGCAAAGCCAGGAGCCAUCGCACUGUCGGUGGGUGGCGGGGGGCUGUUGUGCGGAGUAGUCCAGGGGCUGCAGGAGGUUGGCUGGGGGGAUGUGCCCGUCAUUGCCAUGGAGACCAUCGGUGCCCACAGCUUCCACGCUGCCACGGCUGCAGGCAAGCUCAUCUCUCUGCCCAAGAUUACCAGUGUUGCCAAGGCCCUAGGCGUGAAGACCGUGGGGGCUCAGGCCCUGAGGCUGUUUCAGGAACACCCCAUCUUCUCUGAAGUCAUCUCAGACCAGGAGGCUGUGGCUGCGAUUGAGAAGUUUGUGGAUGACGAGAAGAUCCUGGUGGAGCCCGCCUGUGGGGCAGCCCUGGCCACCGUCUACAGCCAUGUGGUCCAGAAGCUGCAAGGAGAGGGGAAGCUACAGGCCCCCCUACCCUCCCUCGUGGUCAUCGUCUGCGGGGGCAGCAACAUCAGUCUGGCCCAGCUGCGGGAGCUCAAGGAACAGCUGGGCAUGGAGAACGGGCUGCCCAAGUGAGGCCCUCUCACCCGUUUGUCCCCUCUUGCUUGGGAGACCCCUGGAGGGGCUGGUGUUUGGCUGUGAGCCUGUGUCAUCAUGAGCCAGCUGUGCUGAGAAGCCAGAAGCUCCCUGAGGUGGGGCUAGAAGGUCAGCAGCCAGCGAGGCUGUGAGAUGAACUGCUCUGUGACCAUCCACAGCCACCCCUGCCAGGGUGGCAACCACCCACAAGUGACACACCAUGUCCUCAGAGCAUGGUGAGUAGGAAGAACCGGAAUCGCAGUGGGGAGGGGCCUCCUCCAAGUGAGGUGACCCCACCCCAGGCUUUCUCCCUGGGCAGAUGGAUGGGGCUGUGGUCCAGGGCUGAGGAACCAUCUCAUCCUUCUUCCCAGGAAGCCCAACACCACCAUUCCUCAUUUUUCUAGUGUGCAAACUUUUUCACUGAAAAGAUAUGUAUUUAUGAAACAAAGAUCGUUCGAAUUUC